UCUUCAAUUCCUCCAUUUACAGAGCGGGAAGCUAUUAAUCGUUUACAGAUAGCAACCAAUUGGGAGGGUAUGCGUAAUGAGCCCGAUUUGGAAACUUCUCAAGCGGAUAUGCUUAAUGAGUCUAAUUUAAGGAAUUCUCAAGCGAAUAAGUAUAACGAGUCCAAUUUGGAGAAUUCUCAAGCAGCUUCUUUUGCAGAAAUGAAUAGUCAAAAAGAGACAAGUUUGGAAACAGAAAGACUCGAUAAAAAUAAGGGAAAACUUUCUGUCACGCCAAGCAGAACAUCUCCAUCAGAUUGUAGUGGCUGCGAUAUGUUGAGAGAAAUUACUCAUCGUAAAGGCCCCCUUGUUAAGAAACUACAGCUUCAUGGCAAAUUAUUACGUGGACGUUUUUUCCAUGCUCUCGGUAAUGUUUUAGACGAGGAUACUACCGUAGUUUCAGAUGCUGAAAAUAUUGAUUUUUAUGAUAAAGGCUACAAGGACGUGGAAAAGUUCCUUUCGCAAUAUUUCAUCAAGCAAGAGCAAGAGGGAUGGAACAUGUAUGACGAUCCACGUGCAGAUUUCUUUAAAGUCCUAUGCUUCAGGCCUGGUGGCAUUCAGACGAGUGAAGCUACGAAUGCUAAUAUCUCUCAAGUAGGGCAGGCUGCAGCUACGGGCUCUCAUGAGGCAACGAACCCCAAUAAUAGUGGGAGACGUUCAAUCAAUCUGAAAGAACAGAGAAAGAGAAUCAAGAUGUUGGGGCGCGAUGAUUUAACACCAUAUUACGGAUUGCCUAGAAGGGAAGCAGCCAGGCGGUUGAAUGUGUCUGAAACUAUAUUACAUAAAAUACAUGGUGAAGUAACAGGCCAUACAGGAGGAUGGCCUUUUAGACAGAUUAGUGCCAGAAAGAGGAAAAUAGCCGAAUUGACAGCUAUUGUAGAUUCAACUAAAAAUCCAGCUGCAAGGAAUCGUGCUAUAAAUGAAAUUCAGAAGCUGGAAAAAGAGAUCGCUGCAUAUUAUGACCGUUGAUGAGUUUCUAGUUUUAUGAUUGAAUGUGAUAAGAUUACAAUAUACUUUGUCACAUUUCACCUGUAACGAAUGAUAAUUUUUGCUGGAUCUUACUUGAUUUAGCAUGCCGUUCUUAGCU